UAGCACAGUAGCAACAUUAGUAGCAACAGUAUUCCGUGAACUCUUGACUAAGUUACAUCGUAGUGAAAGUGACAAGAAGACAGUUUGCAACACUUAGAAGUUUGACAUACGUAAUGAAAACAUGAUGGAUGUUAGCGAUACCAUUAAAGGUAUACCUAAGGACUCUAAUGAUGGUGAGAAAAAUAUCACUGAUGAUAAAUAUUCAAAGAAAAUUCACGAUCUACAUGACAAUAUUGAAUUUCCGAGUGAUUUUGAUGCUUGGACUGUGCAAGAACAACGUGACUGGGUGUAUAACAAUAUGACAGAACUUUAUUCAUAUGUACCGGAGAGUUUACAAUGUAUAAUCUCAGGUAUUUUCCGCCCAGUCGAUUUCCAUCGAUCACAGGAAAAGUUGCCUGAAUGGAUGGAUAUGGAUAAAUAUCGGAGAGGGCAAAAGUUUGUGCGCGACCAUUAUUGUUCGUUUGUCUUCAGCAUACUGCUGGGAACAGUGUACGGUUUAACUUUCAAUGAUGGUUUAAAACCACUUAUCAUAUCGAGAAAAAGUAUCACUCCGUAUUUAGCAUUUAAAAGAUAUCUCGAUACUGCAAUGCAGAUAUUUUCAUGGUACGAAGGAGAACCUUGGGUCAAAGGAACGAAGGCCUACAAAGCCAUGCAAAUUGCACGUAUCAAGCACAUGAAUAUAACCACGAAGAUAUCCCGAAUGAAUAAGGAACAAGUAAAUGCUGCGACCAAGAUCGCGUAUACGUUGUAUCCGGAGGACGAAUUGUUUCUAAAGGAUAUGGACUCGAUAUAUCCGUCCGAGAAUCCGGAGCGACAUCGUAACAAAGUUUUGAAAACAUCCGAACUCACAAUAAAAGCUUUAAAUAAUACGACAGUGACCGUCGCACAGGGUAGCUUCAUUCUUUUGUCCAUAAUAUAUCCGCAGAAUAUCGGACUACAUAAUGCAACCGAUGAGGAUCUAGAGGCUUUCUGUCAUAUGUGGAAGUGCUAUGGAUAUUUUCUCGGAGCGGAAGACGAGUACAACUUUUGUCGUGGCAGCUUAGAGGAGAUAAAACAGCGCUUAUGGGAUUUGAGAAAUUGGAUUACGAUUAAUUUUACAGACGUCACACCCGAAUGGAUGUACAUGAUCAGAUGUAUGAUCGAAUCUAUAAAUUAUUACCCUUCGCUUUACAUGCCUUAUAAGGCAAUAACAUUAUUCUACAUAGAAGCAUUAAAUCUCAAAAUGCCUAACUUCUAUGCGUCAUUCAAUUAUAGCGAAUGGAUCAUGUAUAAAAUAUUUACGGGGGUGACACAGACAGCAUAUAAGGUAUAUACGGCGGUACUGACGAAGAGGUUGAGGGAGGAGGUGGAGAGGAAGAGGAUUCUGCCGGAGAGUCCGGCGGGAUUUAAGAGGGGAAGGGGGACAAUGGACAACAUAUAUAUGCUGAAUUUUUUGAUAAACAGGCAGGUGGAGAGGAGAGAGAGGAGGUUGGUAAUAUUGUUUGUGGACCUGAAAGCAGCGUUUAACUUAGUGGAUAGAGAGAUAUUGAGAAAAGUGAUGAGGGAAAGGGAGUAAGGGAAGGAUUGGUGAGAAGAUGCGAGGAGGUAUUAGAGGAGACAAAGAGCAGAGUGAGAGUAGGAGGGAGAAAGGGAAAAAGUUUUUCGACAAAAAGGGGGGUGAGACAAGGGUGCUCGUUGAGUCCGCUGCUAUUCACGAUAUUAAUAGCGGACAUAGAAGAGGAGUUAAAGAGCGUGAGAGGGUGUAUAUGUUGGCGUAUGUGGAUGAUUUGGCGUUAUUGACAGAAGAUGAGGAGGGGAUGAAGGGAAUGAUGGCGAGAUUAGAAAAGUAUAUGGAAAGGAAGGGGUUGGAGAUAAAUAUAGAAAAGACGAAAAUAAUGAGGUGUGGGAAGAGUGGAGGGAGGUGGAGGAAGAUAGAUUGGAGAUGGAAAGGGAAGAGAGUGGAGGAGGUGAAAGAAUAUAAAUAUCUACGGUAUGUGAUGACAAGAAAUGGAGGACAAGAGGCGCAGGUGCGGGAUAAGGUAAGGAAUGGAGCAAGGGUAAUGGGGCAGUUAUGGAGGAUAGGGAAAAGGAAAUUUAAAAAGGACUGGGGAAGAGGAUAUGGCUAUUUGAUAAAUUGGUAUGGCCGGUGAUAAGCUAUGGGGUAGAGAUUUGGGGAUGGAGAGAGAGGAGGAAAAUAGAGGAAUUGCAGGAAAGAUAUUUGAGAUGGGUGCUGGGGAUGGAAAGAUGGACGCCAGGAUAUAUGGUGAGAGAGGAAGUGCAGAGGGAACUGAUGAGGAGCACAGCGGGAGUAAGAGCGUGGGGAUAUGAGAAGAGGCUGGGGAAAGGAAGAGGGGGGGAGAUAGCAAGAAGUCGUUGGAUGGAGAUGAGGGGUAGGGCGAAAAGAGGAGAGGGAGUAGGGAGAUGGGAGGAAGAGAGAAAAAGGUAUUUUGAGGACAAAGGGUGGAAAAUAGAUAGGAUAGAAGAGAUAAGCGAAAAAGGAGGGGAGCUAAAGGGAGAGGAAUUAAAGAGUAGGGAAAAAAGGAGACAGGAGAAGGAAAGAUGGGAAAACAUAAGGGAAUCAAGGUUUAAUGAGGGAUAUGGAAGGGUGAAGGGAAGGGAAAUUCCUGAGUAUUUAAAGAAGGGAUGGGGAGAAAACAGAUGAAGGAGGGUAGUGAGGUUCAGGAUGGGGAACCAGUUGAAAGAGGGGAGGCACUGGGAGGAAGAAAAAAGGAGGUGUAGGAUGUAGGCGGGGGAAGAGAGUAGACGUGGAAGCAUAUUUGGGAGCAGUGUACGAAGAGGGGGGAAGAAAAGGGAUGGCAGGAAAUGGAGGGGGAGAUGUUAGGGGAGGUGAGAAAGGGGGAGGGGUGGAUGAGGGAGGUAAAGAAAUGGUGGAGAGUGGAGGAGGUGAGGAGGAGAAAGAAAGAGGUAGGAGGAGCGGCGGAAACGGAAGUCAAGGGUGUGAGUGGAGGAACGGGGAGUGAGAGAAAGGGAGAGAAUGAAAGAGUGGAGGAAUGAGAGUAUGUGUGAGGAGCGCUUUCUCUCUCUCCCUCUCUCUCUCUCUCUCUCUCGAGCGGAUAGCGGAUAGUAUGUAAGGCUAGAAAUGUAAGAAGUAGAGUGUAUAAGAUAGGGGGAGGGAAAGAAUUAUAAGACCAAGGGAAAACAAUAAAGCAUUUAUAUAUAUUUUUCAUAUA